AUGGGGAAUUGCGGGUCUUCGUGCUGUAAAGGUCGCUCGAGGGAUGCUCUGUACGAGCCCGCGCUCGCAGAUAGCGAGAGGGAAGCUGUCGCAGACCUACUACAGUAUCUUGAGAAUCGAGGCGAGACCGACUUCUUCUCUGGGGAGCCUCUUCGAUCUCUGAGCACCCUCGUCUACUCGGAGAAUGUCGAUCUACAACGGAGUGCUAGCUUGACGUUUGCCGAGAUCACAGAACGAGAUGUCAGAGAAGUCGACCGAGAUACCCUCGAGCCCAUCCUCUUCCUCCUUCAAAACGACGAUAUAGAAGUACAAAGAGCAGCCAGCGCGGCGUUAGGAAAUCUGGCCGUGAAUACCGAGAACAAGGUCGCCAUCGUUCUGCUUGGUGGUCUUUCCCCUCUGAUACGGCAAAUGAUGUCCACCAACGUCGAAGUUCAAUGCAACGCCGUGGGCUGCAUCACGAACCUGGCAACACACGAAGAUAACAAAGCCAAGAUAGCAAGAUCAGGAGCACUGGGCCCGUUGACCAGACUUGCUAAAUCUAAGGACAUGAGAGUACAAAGGAACGCUACGGGAGCUCUGUUGAAUAUGACUCAUUCAGAUGAUAAUCGACAGCAGCUGGUUAAUGCUGGCGCUAUUCCUGUUCUUGUGCAGCUUCUCUCUUCUCCGGACGUCGACGUUCAAUACUACUGUACCACAGCCCUGAGCAACAUUGCGGUCGAUGCUGGCAAUCGAAAGAAGCUUGCCCAGAACGAGUCACGUUUAGUCCAGUCACUUGUCCAUCUCAUGGACUCUUCCUCGCCCAAAGUGCAAUGCCAAGCUGCACUUGCUCUCCGAAACUUAGCGUCCGAUGAGAAAUAUCAGCUAGAAAUCGUCCGCGCUCGGGGCCUCCCACCACUGCUACGUCUGCUUCAAUCGUCUUAUCUGCCACUCAUUCUCUCUGCUGUCGCAUGCAUCCGGAACAUCUCUAUACACCCUCUCAAUGAGUCUCCCAUCAUCGAUGCCGGAUUUCUAAAGCCUUUGGUAGAGCUUUUGGGGUCCACUGACAACGAAGAGAUUCAGUGCCACGCUAUCUCUACACUACGUAACCUCGCAGCUAGCUCUGACCGCAACAAGCAACUGGUGUUGGAAGCUGGUGCGGUACAAAAGUGCAAAGAUCUGGUGCUCGGCGUGGCCUUGAGCGUACAGUCAGAAAUGACUGCUGCCAUAGCCGUAUUAGCCCUCAGCGACGAGCUGAAGACACACUUGCUCAAUCUCGGUGUCUUUGAUGUUCUGAUCCCCUUGACGGAUUCGGAGUCAAUUGAGGUCCAAGGCAACAGCGCAGCUGCUUUAGGAAAUCUAUCAUCAAAAGUCGGCGACUAUUCGAGAUUCAUCAAAGACUGGACGGAGCCAAAUGGAGGCAUACACGGAUACCUGAACCGAUUUCUCGCCAGCGGUGAUGCCACCUUCCAGCAUAUCGCCAUAUGGACAUUACUCCAACUUCUUGAAUCGGAAGACAGGGACCUCAUUGCCCUCAUAUCAAAGGCGGAAGAUGUCAUUCAGAUGAUAAAGACAAUAUCGGACAAGAACAUCGAGUCGGACGAGGAAGAAGGGGAAGAGGGAGAGGGAGAAGUGGUAGCCCUAGCGCGCCGGUCUCUCGAAGUACUCAACAAAUCGCCCGAACCCGCAAGGCAAACACUUGUCGAGGGCUAA